AUGUCAGAACAAAUUGAAACUGAAAAGGUUCAUUCAUCUGUUCAUCAGCCAAAAAGUUAUCAAAGAAUCCUUUCCAAUACAAUUUUCGGGUACAUUAUUCGAGUUUCUCAAUUCAUCAGUACAAUUUUAGUUUUAGCACUUUCUGGUGAUUCACUCAAUAGGUAUGCAACAAGUGGAUCUAUGGGAUUCACAAUAUUCACAGCGGUUUUCACUUUGAUUUAUUUGAUUGUUUUCACUGUGAUUAUGUUAGUUUCUCCAAAUAUUCUUAUUUUAGGUGUUAAUUUAUUGUUGGAGUUGUUAAUAACAGUGUUUUGGUUUGUUUCAUUCAUUGCAAUUGCCGCCAUCUAUGGACCUGAUGAAUGUUCUGCCACUGUUGGUUAUGGAUGGUACAGAUAUACUUAUAUUUCAAACUCAUGUAAAUCAUCAAAAGCCGCCAUUGCAUUUGCAGCAGUUAAUUUUGUUUUAUUUCUCAUUUCAUUUGUGUCAUUGGCCAUCACAUCUUUCAAAAUUAUACCAGCUCAAAAAUUUUGGGAAAUAAAUGAUCGAAAUGGAUUAAAAUUCAAUAAACCAUUAUUAGCGGUGAGUAGCGUUGGUAAUAGUUUUGGAUCUAAUGAUAUUGAAAAACCUAUUGAAGAGAUUGAGAAUUCGGAACCACAUGUGAUUAAUGAUCAAGAUGAGGCAGCAUCCACUAGAAUCACCAACGAAGAAGCUGAAAAUUCUCGAAACACCAAUACUGAAACAGCCACACCAAGAGCAAACCAAAACUAG